CCCAUGGGUACUCUACCAAGCUAUAUCCCCCCUUUUUUUUGGGCUGGGUUUUGCUAAGUUGCUGAAUGUUCUAAAUUGCUGAGGUUGACCUCAAAUUUGCAAAUCCUGCCUCAGCCUCUCUAAUUGCUGGCAUUACAAGCUUUUGUCACCACACCUGGCUAAAAUGUGAAUUUGAUGUAAGUGAAAAGUUUAAAAUGGGCACAGUAACUGUGAAAGUGGCCUUUGUUGGGAGGCUCAAGAUCUGUGCUGGGCCGCUCGACCUGAGCCAUUUCUGAUGAGCCCGGUGGGCAGCUGCGAAGCCUGGGUGCUCUGUCAGCCCUGUGACCAGUCAGGGCUUUGAGAGAAACAGUGAAACCUCUGCCAUUGCAGUCGGAGGAAGCCAGGCUCCGCCUGCAGUCCUGUUUCUGAUGGUCAGGCGAGGUUCCUGUGUGCACAGGAUGUGCCUUGGGGCCUGGGCCCCUUUCCUCGGCAGGUCCCUCAGCUCUGCCAGGAGCCUCUGGGUCCCUGUGACCUGACGUCUGCAGGCCUCCAUCCUGGCAGCACCACAGCUGGCUUCCUCAUGGCUCGGCAGCUCCAGCACUGGCUCGUGACUUGGGGUAGGGGGUGGCAGCUGUGGCCGCGGGGCUAAGAACACACUCCAGGUCCAAAUCAAAGAUUGGGAUGGGGUGGGCACUGCAUUGCAUGACUGUGAUCUUGAGAAACAGGCAGGAUAAUCCCAAGGUCAAGGUCAGCCUGGGCCACUUAGUAAGACCCUGUCUCAAAAAGAUUUAGGGGUCUAGCUCAGUGAUAGAGCACCCCUGGAUUCAUUCCCCAUUACAGAGUGGGGGUAUGGGGGUGGGGAUUGAGCUUGGCCCUGUAACUACCAACUUUCUCACAAAAAACUUCAAGGGCUGGAAGCCCAGCUCUGUGGCUGUCACAUUGAGCCACUUCCUGGGAGACAAAGCAGUCUAAGGAGGGACUACCCCACAAUGCCAUGGUCACCACAGGAAUCUUGAGAUAGUUUCGUGCACCAGCAUGAGGUGUCUUUGUGUCCUGUCAUCUCCCUUCCUUUCAGAUUGCUCCAAGGCCGUGCUGGGUUCCAGGAGCUCUGGCCACUGGGCCACCAGGCAUUUAGCUGUGCAGCCUGAGCUUCCUUGUUUGUUCCCUGGCUGAGGCUUCAGUGAACUCUGGAGAUGUUGAGCAUGGCGCCCUCAGCUCCAUCAGGUGGGAUCCCCUGACCCCAGGUCCCUGGUAAUAGCUUGGUGGUGUCUGAAGCGCAUCUGCUCUUCCUUCUGAAGGUCUCCACUAAGCACAAAGGCAGGCCAAGAACAUUCCCUGCCCUUCACAGUCCUCUCCACUUCUGAACCCUGCUGGGCGCCAACGACCUGGCAGGUUUGGUCCCUACACAGGGCCGAUGGGGAACCAGCCACAUUCCUGCUUCUAAAUUCUCAAAGAAUGAGGACAAUUUCUGCCCAAACCUAUAACCCUCAAAGCACACAUGUCAGUGAUGCAGAUUGUCAUCCAGCACCAGACCUUGGUUUAAACCCAGGGGUAGGCCUGGGGUCCCGAGCCUGCAUCAUCCAUUACUUCCCAGCCUGGCCUCCUGGUCUCUACAGGGCUUCCCUGGACCAAAUACUGAGACACCUGGGGAAGGGGAGUUCCAGGGUCCCAGGAGCCACACCUGGGGCUCUGCCCUGCAGCCUAUGGUGGGAGGAGUUGGCUUCCAUGGGCCUCACCUGUGGCUUCCCAGCCUGCACUGGCUCACCUGGGGCAGGCCCAGGCCUGGUGGAGCUACCCCCAGAGCUUGCUGCAAACUGCCGUGGUCAGCUUUCUGGAGCCUCUGCUCAGGCUUGUGCGCAGGAGCUGCGUUGUUCACUGACCACAGGCAGAAGCUGGACUGGACAUGCACCUCGCUGCGGCCUCUGUGAAGGUGGUAGCCACAGGUCACCGGGAGCGCCUGGCACUGUGAACGCUGUUGAGAUUGUGAAGGAGGUGCUAAUCUUUGGCAGAGCAGAACAUGUCACUGUCACCAACCACACAGCACCAACUAAGCCAAGAAUAAGCCGAAGCCUGCAAGUCUGGUCCCCCAGCAGCCAUGGAAAGAAAACACAAGGGCCGAGUUCAGCGAUUGAGCAUGUACUCAGCAUGCGUGAGGCCCUGGGUGGUUCCUCAGCACAGGGAGAGAAAAUUUAAAAAUAGAAUACAUUAUAACUGAGCAUUGCUGGUGAGAACUUGAGAUGGUGUGACCCCUGUGGAAAUGAGCCUGAUGAGCCAUAUAAACAGUAUGACCAUCUGAUUCAACUGUCCCACUUCUGAGUAAACACCCAAAAGAAUGGAAGCAAGGACUUGAGCAGAUGCUUGUCCAGCUGUGCUCAUAGCAGCAGUGUUUACAGUAUCCCAAAGGUACAAGCCACCAAGUAUCUACGUAUGAGUGCAUAUGGGUAAGCAGAGUAUGGCUGGGCCAGACAGUGGAAUAGUAUUCAGCUUUAAAAGGGAGGAAAUUGGCUGGGUGGGGUGGUGCUCACCUGUAAUCCCAGUGACUUGUGAGUCUGAAGCAGGAGGAUUGCAAGUUUGAGGACAGCCUCAAAAUUUAGCGAGAUCCUGUCUCAAUAUAAAUAAAAAGUUAAAAGCCGAUGGUUCAAUACCCAGUACUGGGGGCGGAAAAAAAGGGAAAUUGGAAAUUUUGACACAGCUACAACAUAGAUGUACUUUGAGGAAUUUUUCUUUUUAUUAAAAUAUUUUAUUUGUUAUUGA